CAAAGUGAAAGAAUUAAGAUUUAUGCCGCAAUUAACUUCUUCAGUUUUUAGUUAGUAUUAGUUCAGCUGAUUAGUCACUUGCAGUUGUAUAUAUACUUGGCUCUACGCUAAAGUUAUUGAAUAAUAAUCAGAUUCAUUUUCUCUCCACUCUCCAAUACUUUACAAUGUUGUCAUUUUCAUAUUAAUGCUAAUUAUUUCUGAAAGGAAAAAAAAUGUUCUGUUUACCAUUUGAAAAUUGGCAGUAUCAAUAUACUAACACGACCUGGUUCAACGGUCAACCCUAUACUUGUAGAAGAAAAGUCAUAUCAAAAGAAGAAGAAAAGUAAUUUCUUUUCUGCUGAUAUAUUAAUUUUUUGUUUAAAAGAAGACUUUAGCGUGAAAUGAAAAUAAGUUAAAUAGCCAUAAGUAUACUACUUGUGUGAUCCUCAAUGAGACUACAUCACUAAAUCAAUUCAUGGCUUCUUUCUCAAUUGUUUUCAUGCUGCUCUCUGCCUCAGCAAUAUCACUUCAUUUGCUUGCAUCAGCAGACGAUAAAAUUAUCUUAGAGGGCGCUUCACUUGUCCCAAUAGCUACUACUAGCCGUGACCAUUCCUUCUGGUCUUCAUCAUCUGGUUAUUUUUCAUUUGGAUUUUAUAGUUAUGGCAAAGGCUAUGCCAUUGGAAUCUGGUUAGUCGGAGCUGAGAAGAACACCACUGUUUGGACAUCAAAUCGGGAUAGUCGACCGAUACUCACCUCCAGUAGCCCAAAAGUAGUCCUUGACAAUGGCAAGCUUGUCUUGACUAGAGCACAUGAACCAGAAACUCAUGUUGCCAAUUCCAGUUUCCUUACAGUGUUCUCUGCAUCCAUGCUCGAUAAUGGGAACUUUGUUCUGUAUAAUAAAAAUAACAAGACCAUUUGGCAGAGUUUCGAUUACCCAACUGAUACGAUCCUGCAGGGUCAGUUUUUGGCUACUGGUGCUAGACUUUACUCGAACUCGAACAAUACUAAUCACGGAACAGGAACAUUUCAUCUUGAUAUGCAAGGAGAUGGAAACCUUGUCUUGUAUGGAAGGAAAGACGGGGAUCGGCCUCAAGAUGCAUAUUGGGCCACCAAUACUGCCCAAUCAAGACUACCAGUCAUCAACUAUACUCUUUAUCUUAACGAAACUGGUCUUCUAGCCGUAUUGAACCGUAAUUAUGGGAUAAUUUCUUCAUUGAAUGACGAUGGCACUUCAUAUGAAAUUACUGAAAGAAAUGGUACCAUAUUCAGGGCAACUCUUGACGCAGAUGGUAUCUUUCGGUUGUAUUCGCACAGGCGUGAGGAAGAGACAGAGAAUCUCAAAGAAUCAAUGGUGUGGUCAUCAAUUGACAAUCCUUGUCAAGUGCGGGGUACUUGUGGCUUAAAUAGCUAUUGCACAACAGUUGACGCAGAAUCAAAGUCUCUUUGUAUUCCCGGAACUGAUUAUGCUGAUUCUAUUAAAGGCAGCACUCCGUACUGCUUGAGAAAAUAUCCAUUGAGGGAGUGCAGAGAUGGUGGGAAAGAGAAUACUACUUCUUAUAAUAUCAAAGAGAUGGAGAAUAUGUAUUGGAGUGAUAAUCCAUAUGCCGCAGUUAAAAUGUAUCCAGACCAAUGUAGAAAAUCUUGUUUGGAAGACUGCUACUGUGGCGUGGCACUGUAUUACAGGAGUAACGGACUCUGUACGAAGCAUCAGCUUCCCUUGAAAUAUGUAAGAAGAGAUUUUUCACAGUCAACAACAGCUUUCUUCAAGUUUGGGGAUACUAUUACUAUCGAUUCCAACAACACAUUAGAAAAGACGCCAAAGUCGAGGAAUCAAGGAGUGACCAAAAACAAUAUGGUGCAAAUUAUUGUCUUAGUUCUGGGCUUCACUAUAUUUUCUUUGGCUGCACUUGCAAUUUUCGGCAUAUAUGCUUUUAAAAUUCGUGACCUGAGGUACAAAAGGUUAAUGGAUAUUGGAAAUCUAAGCGUUGUUGGUGAUCAACUUACUUUGAGAGUCUUUUCAUACAAUGAUCUCAAAAGAGCAACGAAUGGGUUCAAAGAAGAAUUAGGAAAAGGAUCAUUCGGAGCUGUUUACAAAGGCGCCUUAAACAGAGGCCGAAAACUUGUUGCAGUGAAAAGACUUGAGAAGUUGGUAGAAGAAGGUGAAAGCGAGUUCCUUUCCGAGAUGCGGGCUAUUGGAAGAGCUAAUCACAAGAACAUAGUUCGUUUGUUGGGAUAUUGUGCUGAAGGAUCGAAAAGGCUUCUUGUUUAUGAGUACAUGAGCUAUGGUUCCCUAGCAAAUCUUCUUUUCAAGAAGGAAUCCAAACGCUUGGAUUGGGAGGAGAGGGUAAGAAUUGCGAUUGAUGUUGCUAGAGGUAUUCUUUAUCUUCAUGAAGAGUGUAAGACACCAAUCAUCUAUUGUGAUAUAAAGCCUCAAAACAUUUUGAUGGAUGAUUUUUGGACGGCUAAGAUUUCAGAUUUCGGGCUAGCAAAGCUGCUAAUGCCAGACCAAACAAGAACUAUGACAAGGGUAAGGGGUACAAGAGGGUACUUGGCCCCUGAAUGGCAAAAGAACAUUCCGAUCUCUGUUAAAACAGAUGUUUAUAGCUAUGGGAUUGUUCUCCUUGAAAUUAUAUGUUGCAGGAACAAUUUGGAAGUUAAUGUGGAAGACCCUGAUGAGAUUGUUCUAGCCAAUUGGGUUUACAAGUGCUUUGUGUCUAUGGAGCUGGAUAAGCUUGUUAUUGGUGAAGAAGUAGAUAAGAAGACAUUGGAGAACAUGGUGAAAGUUGGUUUAUGGUGCAUUCAAGAUGAUCCAGCUCUUCGUCCUUCAAUGAAAAGUGUGAUGUUGAUGUUAGAAGGAAUUACUGAAAUUUCUGUUCCUCCAUGCCCAACUUAUUCCCUAACUUUUAUGUGAUUGUAGUAGUAACAUAUCAGAAAUGGUUGCUUCUGACGAAGUAAUUUAUGUGUUUUGCAGUUUGGAUUCAUCUAUAUGUUACUUUAUGUUAGGCUCGUCUCAUUUUAUGUUCUGCUAAUGCAGAUUAACACCAGUACUUUGGGAAAAUGCUUCUGCAUUUCGGAUUUGCCUAAGCUUGUUUGUAGCGUACUGUUUCCCUCCAUAUAUAUAUUUACAAAAACAAAUUAUUAUAUA